AUGGAUAUGCGUUUAAGAAGCAUUCUAAUUAUAUUUGGAAGCUUCGUGAACAAAAUGGCUCACGAAAACGUUUGGUACUCCCACCCAAGAAAGUUCGGUAAGGGUUCUCGUCAAUGUCGUAUUUCCGGCUCCCACUCUGGUUUGAUCAGAAAGUACGGUUUGAACAUUGAUCGUCAAUCUUUCAGAGAAAAGGCUAACGACAUCGGUUUCUACAAGUACCGUUAA